UGGAGAGACAGGUCUGCACUAAAUGGCGAACUACAAGGCUACAAGAACUAAAGUUUGUGGGCGUGGUCUGAUCGAGCGAUUGACAGCUGUGCCUUCGACGACGACGACAGACAUCGUGCUGGCGAUCUACGCUCCGCGGCAGAGGCAGAAGUCAAACUCGUGCGCUCCACGCACCCCACGCACUCCGCGCACCGCAGCCGCCGACUGUCAGCAGACCUCAAGGGCCAGGACACGAACGAAGACAAAUAAAAAGCUGCAGUCAGUUCCUGCUGGUGUCGUCGGCAAAGAAAACACCUCGCCACCUCACCACAGGCCGCGCUGUUGGCUCUCUGUGAAAGGUGGGUCAGUGCACGGCUACCCUCCCACCCACGCCGAUCAAGUUCGAACCUCCGCGGCGCUGAUAUGCGAGCGAUUUAAAGGGACUUGGCUGCCUGCCUGGACUACCGUGUCUGCUGGCGACAAUAAACACUUCAAAGACCUGUCGUCUGUCACACCUGGUGAGUCGUUGAAGCGACGAGAACAAACGCCACCCGCUCCCUGGGCCGCAACAAGUGACAAACUGUUCUCAGUGACCCUGUCAUCGGCUCGCUCAUCCACAUCGUUACGAGAGUGAAUCGACGAAAGCUAACUGAGAAUUGCGAUCCCUUUAGCCAGUAAAUCUGAUGAAAGUAGGAAGUGUUUAUCAGUUACUACUGUCCCACCUGUAGGUUGACAGCAACAGCUUGAAGUGACUGUUGAUGUGUUAGUGGAGACGGACUGCGGUUGCUGAUGUCGUAGACGGAGAGUUGUCGGAGGAAGCAGCGAUGUGUGAGAGACAGAGUUGUCGCCAGCAAUGGUGUGGUCCUCGCUGGCUCGUCACCGUGUUCCUCCUGCUGAUUACAGUGACCCGAGGCUGCCGAAGCCUGACUCCACUUCAUCACAUGACCAGCUUCUGUUCGAGGUCGGUGCGAGUGAACGACAGCCUCCUUCUGGACCUGACUGAGGAGCUGUCACCUGACCGGAUGUCAGUAGGUCACCUGUCAUGCGUGGUGACAGUCGAGUCGCAGCUGGGUGUUCGUCUGUCUGUACACGUGCUGCAACUGGCCAUCAGCGACAAGCUGGACACACCGGACAGGCUCCAUAUCUACAGCCUCUCCCCAUCCGGGGUGGAGACUCGAAUAACGCCCUCUACUGGCCUGUACGGAGUACUGGAGCGACCUUUCCUGAUCUACAACACCGCUGGCGUCAUAGUGCCUGACUUCCGGUCCGCUGGGUCACGCAUGCGCCUUGAUUACCAAGGAAAGCCGACUGUCAUUUAUCGUGGCUUCCGGCUACUCAUCACAGCUUUUCAUGAGCCAGAUGGUCUCGGAGGAUGCGAGGAAGGAAACAUGCUGUGUCCAUACGCCGCCAUGUGCAUUUCCACGCGCGUGCGCUGUGACGCUUUACCGAACUGCGGACAGAAUGACUUCGAGGACGAGCGAAGCUGCGAGAAGGAGGACAUCGUCACGAACUUACUGGAAGAAUACUCUUUAAGAACGGCACUCAUCGCUGGAGUGACCGGAAGUCUGGUCUUCUUGCUGUGUGCACUUCUAGUGGGCUUUGUUCUUUUCAAGUUAAAUAGACACAGAUACGGUUGCCGGAAUCGUGCAGUACAAUACACAGCCAGCACUGAAGACACUUGCAUCUUCCAGAACGAGGCUGACUUGACCGGCUUACGAAGGCCACCCACCUACGAAACGAUCGUGACCCCGCCCACUAACCUAUCAGACCCCCCUCCAGCUUACAGCAGCAUUGCAGCAGCUGUCCACGUGCACAGAGGACUCGACUGCAGUGAAGAGGAGUCUGUCAAGUUGGUGGCCAGAGGCCCGCAGUUUCAGCAGCAAGCUCCUCACGUGCUGUUCACGCGCAAACAUCAGUCCACGCCCAUGCAAGGUGAACUUCGUGAAACCGGAAAUCACCGAGCAGACUCUGAUGACGAAGUGCGCAUGCACGGCACCUGGCCCUCCGACACCGACGAGGAAGAAGAAGUCAAGGCUCGUCGCAAAAGAAAGGGCGGUAAAUCCAAGAAUAAAUCUGGGGCCAAGUGUCCGGUUGUCUCCCAACGGAAAGGAAAUGGUCGACGCAAGACAGACUCGACGAAAGCCGAGGACAUCGUUGUGCGCAGUCACGUGACAGCUACUGGAUCGCUGAGCGCACGUCACGGCUGUCGGUCAGCUGCUGCGGACUACGUCCCACGUGGCGAGUGUCAGUGCGCAUGCCCAAGCUGCGGCAGUGACAGCACUAGCGCCAGUGAGCGGCAAGGGGAAAUAACCAGCGAGACGGAGAGCCAGUGCGCGGGGCAGGACGACAACAGUCGGACUGAGUCACAUUCACGAAGCGUGUCGCCGGCAUCCGUGCAUUCCACUUCAGGUCCAUUAAAAAACGCAGAAAAUGUUGGUUACAACCAAAACCGUCCAGACUUCGUCGAAAUGUCUAAAAACAAUGACGAGAUGGUGUGAGACUGAGUAAUCAGAGUUUCCCAUCGUCUCGAAGUUUAUUACGCGAAACGUCAAACAAAAUUACCUCGGGGGUCCGAAAAUAAACGAGUUCACACUGAGGGUCUCGAAAUGUCAAUGAGUAUCCUGUCUGCCUCAUAGUGUAAGACAUUUUGUUAUCAAACAUUCGAUGACAUAGUCUAAUAUGCAUAGAAACAGGAAUCAUAAUAUUAGGGUUAAAGGUCAUGAUAAUAUUAACGACUGCGCACUUUGUUCUGCUAGUGAUCAAUAAUCUCUGGAAUAUUUCUGUUGGAUGAAGGAUAUUUUAAUUAGAAGUUUAGAAACCCCUAGCAUUUCAUGGACAAGAAACCUUGUUGAAUUUGUGGACACAGUGAGAAAAUAUCAAAAACUCGCCGGUUGCUAAGACGCUCGUGUGAUUGCGAGAAAGAGACAAAGCAACCUGUGGACAGGGGAAGGGAAGACAGUAAUAAACGAUUAUUUUUUAAUUCUUCAUUGCGCCAAAUUGAGAAGCCAAAGAAAGACUAUACUGUGUUCUAAUCAACCAAUUAAUCAACAUGCUGCUACUUCUUGCAGUCAGUUAUCACAGUAAACAUCUGAUGAUGAGUAGGAGGAAUCUCUCCAUUUAUCUCUCUCUCACGCACGAACGCACGCACGACCGCAUGAGCACACACGUCCGUGGACAAACAUUCAUCAUCAGCUCCUGUCGUAUUUUCAUCACGUUUUCCACUUUUUCUAAAUCAAACCACACACACAUAUGAACACAGAGAAAAAAGUAGACAAGAAAAACAUCAAAGGGACAUGCUUGCAAUUUGUGCAAUCAUCCGAUGUCCAAUGCAUACGUAACCAGUUUCUGAUUCAACAAGAGCAAUUUCCCGAAAGAAAUGGGUGCUGCCAUCACUUUCCUGUAUUUUAUUUAAUUUUUUUUAUUUUUCUUUGAACAUAAAUCUUUGUCUUUAGAGCUUUGCACUUUUUCUGCCGCUGGCUCAAGCCGGACCAAGAGAUUUAAUCUCGUCCACACGUGGCGGCCAUUUUCCUGAGCAUGUUAAAUGUGAACAUGAACAGUCUUAUGCAACUUGAAACGGCAUGAGCAUAGCUGAUGUAAUUUGACGAACGGGACCAGUCAAUAAAUUGAUCCUUGCUAAAUUACAUAUUUUAGACAGAUUUUAUUUUGAAAUGUGGAAGCUUUAGUGUUUUAAUUCUUUUAAUACAUUUCAAGAACGAAAAUGUGAAGCCAUAAAAUGGUUUUUAACAUAUCUUUGGUUCGUUAUUCAACAUUAGACUAAGGACGUUAAACAUGACUGAAUAUCCUUGCUCAGAAAAGCAUGAAUGAAUUAUUAUCCAUUAAUAUUUACAUGUGAUUUGAAGCAAUGUUGUAAACCACAAGCAGAAACAUGUGCGCACACAUACACUGAAACAUAUGCACAAAAAUACGAACAGACGGGGAGACAAUAUGAUAUAAAGAAUGUUAUAAGAAGUAAAGACUGCAGCAGCACCAA